CCUUCAUUUAAUUGAUUUGAUGUAAUAUUGCAGACCAUGUACUCAGCAAACGCUAAGAUCGUGAAGCCUUUGGGCGAAAAAGUCGAUGAAUUCGAGUCCUCUAUAUCUCAGGCUUUACUCGACCUCGAGAUGAACAGUGACCUCAAGUCACAGCUGCGGGAACUGCACAUUACGGGCGCUAAAGAAGUGGAUGUGUCGGGAAAGAAGGCAAUCAUUAUCUUCGUUCCGGUGCCACAACUGAAGGCUUUCCAGAAACUGCAGACAAGAGUUGUGCGCGAAUUGGAGAAGAAGUUUAGCGGAAGACAU